UUUCUCUCCUUCCCAACAACUUUCCCAGCAGUAAGAACUCAGCAGCAGGACGUCAAGCACGACGAGAGAGGUUCGCAUCUGACACUGUUUUUUGCGUAUAUCCAAUUUUCCUCCUCCCGUGUGUACGUGCCAAAACCAUGGAAAUCGUCGUGUCGUGUGGUUGAAUAAAUAAGUUAAGAAAUUGAAAAGUAGAUAAAACCCAGCAAAGAAAAUGAUUGGUUUCCGAAGCUUACUUUCUGGUGGGUGGUACUCCGCCUGGUUGUGGCCUUCCUUCAUCCUCUGCGUCCUACUCUCUGUCCAGCCGAGCUUUAUAUCUGGCGUGUACUCCACGAAGCUCGUUAACGUUCGUGAAAUUGAGAAACGCAUCCUCGACAAAGUGCUGGACACUGAUCGCUAUGACAACAAGAUCCGACCGGACGGGACUGCAGGAACGGACGCCACGGUGGUCUAUGUCAACAUGUUUGUUCGCAGCAUAGCGAGAAUCGAUGAUGUAAAGAUGGAGUACAGCGUGCAACUCACAUUUCGCGAGCAGUGGACGGAUGAAAGGUUGAGAUUUGACACGUUUCGACCAAAACCACCAGAUGACCUCGCGUACCUAACUUUGACCAACUCAUCGCAAGUUUGGAUGCCCGAUUUAUUCUUUUCUAACGAGCGGAAAGGCCACUUGCACAAUAUUAUUACGCCGAAUGUGUAUAUUCGGAUUUAUCCGAAUGGCGAGAUCCUGUACUCGUUGAGAAUCUCGCUCACACUUUCGUGUCCCAUGAUUCUCAAAAUGUUUCCGUUGGACAAACAGGUCUGCACUUUGCGAAUGGCUUCGUACGGUUGGACCACGGAUGACGUAAUUUUCAAAUGGAAACAUACCCACCCGGUGCAAAUCAUUAGCAAUUUGCAUCUCCCGAGGUUUGCGUUGGAGCAAUUUACGACAGAUUACUGCGACAGUGUGACCAACACGGGGACGUAUUCGUGUCUCAGGGUCGACCUCUUAUUUAAAAGACAGUUCAGUUACUACCUUCUUCAAAUCUACAUUCCGAGCUGUAUGUUGGUCAUCGUCUCCUGGGUGAGCUUCUGGCUGGAUCCUGACGCUGUACCGGCUCGUGUUCCACUCGGGGUCACCACGCUUUUGACAAUGGUAACGCAGACGUCCGGCAUAAAUCAGAAGCUUCCUCCGGUCUCGUACACGAAGGCCCUCGACGUGUGGACUGGGGUAUGCUUAACCUUCGUGUUCGGCGCUCUCCUAGAGUACGCUUUGGUCAACUACACCUCCCGCAAGGAUAAGCACAGGGCAGCCGUGAUUAAGCAGAGGAAACAGUGGGACGCUGACCAACAGAGGUUUCAACAAGGGAAAAGCCCCACUUAUUAUGGCGCAGGGGAUUGCAACCAUCCAAUAACAGCGUUGUGGCCGGUCAACUAUGAGCACGAAUCUCGCUGUGCGAUGCACUUUGGUGGUCUCCUCAACGCCGGGACGUGCACGAAAACUUGGUUGGCGAGAUUCCCAUCGAGGUCGAAGAGGAUUGAUGUCAUUGCCAGGAUCGUGUUUCCACUACUGUUUGCUUUCUUCAAUGUCGCCUACUGGUGUGCAUACGUGUUGAGGAAGGAGGACCCUGAAAGUCUUAUUGAAUAGGGGAUUAAAUUUAUUAAUUAAGAAAAAAUAAAUACAAAAUUUAUGUAUAUGUAUUAUUUGCCAAAUGCACAAACAAUCAAAGAGAGGGAAUUAAUCAAUCAAAUUUUUCAAAAUAACAAAAUAAGCAACGGAAACGCUUCAUAAAUACAAUGUAAUAUUGGAUAAAAAAUCAAAAUCAGGGCGAAAUAAUUGGUUGUUGAGAAUAAGUAGUUAGGGAGAAGUGCUUAAAAUAAUGUGGUGUUAAGGGGGUUUGUUUGUUGAUGGGAUCGAAAUUUAUUAUUAUUGCCCAAGUGAUGGGAAAAAGUGAACAAUUAAGGAUAAUUAAGGGACAACAAAUAUCUAGGGAUAAGAUGCACCUAUCUAAUCUAUAUUUAAUGAGUGUUUUAAUGUAAAAUUAUGUGUGUAAAUUAAGGGAUGAUAACAUUUUGUUGAGUAUUACUUCUUCUAUAGACUUUAAAUUAUCUGGGUGUUAAUGCAAGCAUGGUGUAAUGGGGGUACUCACGACAGCGUCUUAUUUCUCGUGAAAACUCAUUUAGCAAAUAUUUUGCGAAAUAAAGACAUGCCAAUUUUCUCAUGGCAGUCGAGCAAAAAGUGUUGCGGAAUCUCGAUAAGUUAAUAACUUAAGAAACUAUGAUUGUGUGCUGAAUUGUUAGAUUUGCGAGGUAUGCGAAGGUUAUCGUGAGUACCCCCAAUAUAAUAAAUUUCUUGCUGGAAUUGUGCUAAAAGGAUCAAUUAAUUUAGACGACUUCAUCAUAAUAAAUUAGACAUUUAUGAAUAGAAAAGUAUAUAGUACGAAAUUAGUUAAGUAGAGCCGAUUUUUUAUUAAAGUUUAUAAAUUUGCCAUAGGCCAUAAUUAAGCUCAAGUAUCGUAGAGUUUGUACAUAGAUGAUCAUAAUGAGUAAAAGUUACUUAUACAGGUUAUGCAUUUACUAGCGUAUUUUUUAUUAAUUAGCAGUGAAGUACUUGAACAAUUGACCCAUUAUAAUUUACGAGAUAUCGAUUAUUAAUAUCUACAUAAGUAAGGAAUACAUGCAUAUACUUUUAAAGAAUUUAUGAUACCGCACCGAAAUAAAAAUUCACUCCUUUUUAACUAAA